AUGCUAGGGCCUCUAUUGAUAUCUACUACAUUUAGUAUUAUCGAAUUUCCUAUCAAGCUCAUUUAUGGUAUUUUCCAUGGACUGGUUUCAUGGAUUAUCGAAAAAAUUAAAUCUAGAUUUGUUGGUCGAAAGAAAAAAGUUUAUCCAAGCUGGAUCAAAGUUAAUGAUUUCGCAAUGGAAUCUCAUGAACCUAUUUAUACCAUAAAUAUCACACCUGAUCCGAAAAUCAUCAAUUAUUUUGAAAGUCAAACUAAAGACACAAAAUCACAUAUCGAGUACAAAGGGAAGGGUUUUGUUGUAAUUGAAAAUCUAUUACGUUUCAACAGAUUUUAUACCCUAACUGAAGAAGAUAUAACAGUUUAUGGACAGUUUGCAAUGAAAAAAUUUUUAGAAAAGUAUUAUCGUGGUGAUCUUAAAGUGAUUUAUAGAAUCAAUGCAAACAUGAUUGGAUAUAUAUUCAAAGGAAUCAUUUUAGGAUAUGCAAUCCAACAUAAUGCGAGUCAAGAAGUCAUUGAUUCUAUCAAAGAAUUUGGUCGUGGAACAACAUAUUCGAAGUUUUUCUUAUUCACAGAUCCAUGGAUUCCACUAGGUGAGUUGUCUUUCACUCCACAUAUUGUUUACGAGACAGGUCAAUAUCUUUAUCGAUCAGAUAAAACACCCGAGGAACUCAAUCUCGAAGAGUUACAUGUAGUUGAACAUCCAUGGCAACAGAAAAAACCAGGUUCAACAAAACAUCCUAAAAGAACGUCGAUCCCACCAUAUAUGAAAUUCUAA